UUCUCAUGACAGAUUUAGUGAACGAUUCGCAAAUUUGAUGACUCUGUCAUACGUGCGAAACUCCUACGUCGCUCAAUGGUAACGUAAGCAUAAACGAGACGCUCGAUGAUCGCGUAUUAUUGUAUCAUCACGAUUGUGUAAAUUGGAAAACGCGAUUACGUGCAUCUGAUAACGCUAACAAGGUUUAUUGCUGUUUUAAGUCAACUAGAUUAAACAGUGAACAUGACACCGCUGGAGGAAGGAAGAUUUAGGCAAGGAUUAUCCAAGUACCAAAAUCCAGAUAUAACAAAGAAACACAUGACAAAGGUCUUGAGUAUUUAUAAAGGCUUGAUAUUUGAAGUUGAACCAUUUGUUUUCAAUGAUGGCUCUCGCAAGGAACUACUCAACUUACAAGGAACCAUACCGGUUGUUUAUAAAGGUACCUGUUAUAAUAUUCCUAUAUGCAUAUGGGUGAUGGACACACAUCCCAAUAAUGCACCUAUGUGCUAUGUUAAACCAACAGCAGAUAUGCAUAUCAAAGUCAGUAUGUUUGUUGAUCACAAUGGUAAAAUCUAUUUGCCUUACCUCCACGAUUGGGUACCUCAUAAUUCAGAUUUGCUUUCUCUAAUUCAAGUAAUGAUUGUCACCUUUGGAGAACAGCCUCCAGUCUACGCUAAGUCAAGAUCAGAAAUGCAACAGAGUUCUACACCAUAUCCUGUUCAAUCAUUCAUGCCUGUACCUGGUGGUGGAAGCGUAUCGAGUUCCGGCUUUCCACCAUAUCCAUCAAAUUCUCAGUACUCCGGCGGCAGCAAUGUGUAUCCACCGUAUCCAUCUACAGCAUCUGGUGGAUUUCCAUAUCCUGGCUCUUACAGUUCUUACGCUGGAACCACUCCCAGUUAUCCGGCACAAGGCUACAGUGGUUCAUAUCCGCCGUAUCCACCAGCCACACAACCGUCGCCGACGGUGCAGCCUGCUUCCGGUGGAUCUGGCACAAUUACAGAGGAACACAUACGAGCAUCCUUGCUAUCUGCAGUGGAGGAUAAAUUGCGGCGUCGGCUGAAGGAGCAAUUCUCGCAGUUGCAAGCAGAGCUCGAGACGUUGCGGCGAACACAGCAAGAGCUGACAAGCGGUUCCUCACAUUUGGCAGAUCUAUUCGAGAAACUCAAGAGGGAGAAGCAGGAGCUCGAGAAAAAUGUGAAUAUCCUACAAGAUAAGGAGGCAGAGCUGGAGAAGGAGAUCGCCAAAUUGUCCGAUAAUCAGUCGAUAGAUGUCGAUGAAGCUGUCACUACUAUAGCGCCAUUAUAUAAACAGAUGUUAAACGCAUUUGCUGAAGAGGCGGCCACAGAGGACGCUAUUUAUUAUCUUGCUGAGGGAUUACGAUCCGGCAUUAUAGAUCUGGAUGCGUUUCUCAAGCAAGUACGCCAAUUGUCACGCAGACAAUUUAUGUUAAGAGCGUUAAUGCAAAGAUGUCGACAAAAAGCUGGUCUGGUCGGUUAAAAGAAUGUUCCUUGUACACAUUGUUUUAGAAAGAUAAAGCAAUUUGCAAUAUUCCAUUUUAUAUUACAAAAUAUUUCAUAAGAACAAUGAAAAUGGAACAUAUAUAAUUUUUGCCACAAGAUCAUUUUAUCGACAAUAAACGCCGCAUUCUUCUCCUUGAAGUAAUGAGAAGAACAGUUUUACAUAAAGAAAUGUUUAAUAAAAUGCACAUAUUUGAUGCGGAUACAGUAAUUAUUGCACGAAAAAAGAAAAGAUAAAUGAUAAUUCUUCUUUUCACAUAGAGCUAUAUUAUUCCUAUAUUAUUGCAUGAUUAGAUUAGUCACACUAUGUAUUCGUGGCAAACGACUACGAGCCUUUAUUUUCUCAAGGUGCCACAAUAGUCAUUGUGUACCUGCGCUAAGAACUUCAUGCCUUCAUUGUGAUAAAGAAUGAAUAAAUUUGUGUAUGAUAUAAAAAAUA